GGUGCGACGGGUGCGGGCUGAGGCACCGUCCGCGCUCCUCAGGGCUGGGGCGCGGGGCGGGUCCCGGCAGGUGCCCGGCGGGGCCGUGCCCGUGUGCGCCCGCGGGCCCGGAGUGCCGGUCUCGGCUUGGAGUCACUCGCGCUGUGCUCCUCUGCACGUCCGGCGACACGCCCUCAAUAAACUGCCUACUACAAGUAAUAAACCCAACGCGCGGUGGACUUAAAAAAGAAGCUUUACUCUGUUACAGUCUCCUUGCAAAAGCUGUAAACAGUUGAAAUACCACAGCCAAGAAGGUCCAUCUUGCGGAAUUUACUUGCGUGGUGUGGUGAAGAAGAUACAGCUGGUAGGAGUCAUGUGCUAAUAUAAUGCAGCCUGUCUUUAAAAUAAAAUAGUGAAGGGGAAAAUCGUGACCACCCUUCCCCCUCCUUCACCCCAAACUACAGGAAUUAAGUUUUCUUCUAUCCAGUUGGGUCACAUUGUAAUGGACCAAAGUGGAGCUGACUAUGAUAUCGUUAUGGAAGGAUCUAACAAUUUGCUCAUAGGCAGCUGUAAUGGUACAGGAGAAUCAGAAACAAAUGAUCAGAUUUUUCAGAAGUUGUUACUCAAAGGACAUUUUACUGUUUUUCCUCUGUGGAAACAACUUACGUGCAUGGAUUCCAGGGAUCUAUUGUUUGGCCAGAGCCACUGUCCCCCAGCCCCGCCCAUCACAGUCCCCCUCUCCAGCAGUCCUCCUGCAUCGGCUGUGCCCGUGCGGCCGCCCCAGCCACGGUCCCACUCUGCCGAGGAAUUCCACCUGGCAGAGCAGCCCCGGCAGCCUCUGUGUGAGCUGCAGCCCCUGGGAGGGCCCAGUGCACCCAUGAUGAUUGUUGCCAGCCAGUCAGAAAAUGGACAGGUGCUGCAUGUCAUUCCUUCUGCCCAGCCAGGAGUGACCCAAGUGAUUAUUCCUCCAGGUCAGCUUCUGGAUGUGACCAGCACACAGGAUAUUUUGGAAGAGAAGUGUGGUGAUGGGAACCUGCAGACUGUGGUGGUGGCUUCUAUAGCAGACAGUGCAAGCAGUUACAUUCUACAUCCACAGUCAUCUCUCACUGUGUCAAAAAAACCAGCUUCCAGGCUAGUGGAAGAUUCUUUUCCCAUCCCUCUUCAGCCACUGCCACUAAAUAUGCCUGCAUGGGCGCGCCGUCUCAGGAACUGUGAGAGAAUUGGGGACUCAUACCGCGGCUAUUGUGUGAGCGAGGCAGAGUUAGAGAGCAUUCUCAUGCUACACAAGCAGCAGACACAGAGUGUAUGGGGGACACGCCAGUCUCCAAGCCGAGCCAAACCCGCCACACGGUUGAUGUGGAAAUCUCAGUAUGUCCCAUAUGAUGGGAUCCCCUUUGUCAAUGCAGGAAGCAGAGCCAUUGUAAUGGAGUGCCAAUAUGGGCCAAGGAGGAAAGGAUUUCAGCCAAAAAAAACUGGUGAGCAGGAAAGCACCUUUAGCCAGCUGUACAAAGCCACUUGUCCAGCAAGGACAAAGUAUACUGAUGGAGAACUUUUUUUAUUCCUCCUUGGAAGGAUCUAUAUUAAAAAGGUUCAAAAGUUUCCAGAAUACAGGGUUCCUACUGACCCUAAAAUUGACAAGAAAAUCAUAAGAAUGGAGCAGGAGAAAGCAUUCAACAUGCUGAAGAAGAACUUGAUAGAUGCUGGUGGUGUCCUCAGGUGGUAUGUACAAUUACCUACUCAGCAAGCCCACCAGUAUCAUGAAAUGGAAACUUCCUGCCUCCCUGCUUCACCGUCCCAUCUUUCUAUGUCUUCUCCUGAGGAGGAGGAGGAGGAAGUCAUUAGAGAUGAGAACAGUACUCUGCCUUCUCGACUUCACCCUCAAGUGGCAGACAAGAUCCGAGAACUGGUGUCUCAGGGAGUAGAGCAGGUCUAUGCAGUGAGGAAGCAACUAAGAAAGUAUGUGGAAAGAGAAUUGUUCACACCUGAUGAAGUGCCAGAAAGACAUAACCUGUCCUUCUUCCCCACUGUGAAUGACAUCAAGAACCACAUUCAUGAAGUGCAGAAGUCCCUAAGGAAUAGAGAGAUGGUGUAUAAUUCAGAAAGUAUCCCAGCAACGCUGCAAUGGACCACAGACAGUGGGAAUGUCCUCACAGAAACAGUGACUGUUGCGUUUGCCUCACCACCUUCAGAUGGGAGCUCAGGAGUGGAGUCAGUCAUCACCAAAGCAGAAUCCAACCAGAGCGGGGAGUCCUUGAUACCAGAAACAGCUCAGCUCAUGUCUUCAUUCUCUUCACUUCAGCCCAAGAUAUUUGCACAACUUCAGGGGUUACAGCUGCAGUCAGCAUUUACCUCAACAAACGGAUCAGCAGCCCUGCUAGCUGUAAAUAACCAUUCCCCUCCCAGCCCUGCAGGUCUCCUGGAUUCCCUGGGGGGUGCAAUAGGCAGCCAUUCUCUAACAUUGAGUCAGGGGCACAGUCUGCAAGCAGGUGCUGGCCUAACACAGGACAGUGCUGCUGCACCUGCUUUUGGGGCUCUGCCUGCCUCUGAUCAGAGUCUGGUUGCCAUGGGCCAGCUGGUACCAGCUGAAGGGGUGGAUGACUCCAGGGGCCUGGAAGGAGGAAUGCAUCAGAUUCUCUUGGGGGAUGUGCAGACUAUUCCAGUACGGAUUGUGGACAACCAGCCAGCACUUUCUGAAGAAAAUACAGAGGGUGUUGCUACUUGUGUGAGCCAAGUUAAACAAGAAACAAAAGAAAAAGCAUUGUCUAUGGAAACAGAUAAAAUCAGAGACUGCCACAGUUCCUCACUAUAGUUCUUCGCCUUCACCUGUGAAGCCUGGAAGAAUUUUUCAAAUUGGAGAACUCUAAAUGUCUUGGAAGGAAAGGCAGGUGCUCUCAAAGUACUGCCAUUCUUUUUUGAUUGUGUUAUGACACUCAGACUAAGCAUAUUUUAGAGUGCUUCUGACAGAAAGCUCUUUUGGUUUGACUGAGGUCGCUCACUGCCAACUCCAGGUCAUUCAGUUGCCCCAUGGAACACCACCUCUCUCUUCUGUUUCAAGUUUUGAGUAAUUUGGAUUCUAUCGAAAUGGCCCAUUUUGUUCAUUGUUUCUGAAGGUCUUCCACAAUUUAAUUCCUUAGCUUUAGAAUGUGAAUCACAAUGCUGGGUUCACAUGUUCUCCUUGAGACCCUUGACUCUUAUUGUACUACAGAAACCAUAGAGUCUGUCAGUUCCAAGAUCACAGAAUCCAACUGCAAAGUGGAUCAGUAUGGCAAUGGUUUUGUGACAAAAGGAAGGUCCAGAAUGCUAAACCUCAAAGUGAUAAAGGACAUGGAUGCUUAAGAAAAUGCAACUUUGACCUGAUCAUAAUGUUAAUGGUGUGAAGAUCAAGGAGAGGAGAAAGAACAUGAAGCAUUCCAAACUAUCCCUCAAAACCACCAUGCUCAGGGCCUGAAAGGAUCACUUACCUCUGAGAGUACUCCAGAUUUACUGUGAAGAGACCAGAGCAGAAAACAGAAGAGGAAGACAAGUUUGCAAAAAACUGCUUGCAGGAGAUAGAAAACUCUCAAAAUUACAGCUGAAGAUUGCAAUUUCUUAUGGCUGAAAUGGUUCACUUUAGAUGGUAAAUGGUUUUUUUAAUAUACUGCUUUUUAAUUGUUGCUUUUGUUACUAUUUAUCUUUUGUUACUAUUUAUCUAUUUUGUCUGAGCUCACAUCUAUUAAAAGCUAGAAUGGCAAUUGUG